GCAAGAGUACUGGAGUGGGAUGCCAUUGCCUUCUCUGAUAUACCUCUCUACCUGUUAGUAAAGAUGAUUUAAAAGUGGCUUCAGAGGGAACUGACAAAACCAUACCAUCUUGGUCUAAAAUCUCCUAGUCUCCCUACAAGAACACUGUCCUUACCUGGGACUCAGUUUGUUUGUUUUUUGCUUUGUUUUUUUGACUAAUAGACUCUCUGAUUUACUUUGCAUGACAUUGGCCUCCUUCAUUUCAUUCUUCUUCUGUGUCUUGCUAGUGACUGGGUGGCAACUGGAUACACAGUUUCAUGUUAGAUACCUGCCUUCAAAGCCUGACUCUGCUACUUCCUAGCUGUGUGACCUUGGGCAAGUAACUUAACCUAGCUUAGCCACAGAUCCCUCCUCUGAGAAAAGGGAACAAAUGAUUUGUUAUUCUCAAGGAUGUUGUUAGGAUUGCUGAAAAUAAUUAGGAAAAGUAUCUGCUACAUACCAGACUCAGAUGUUGGUACGCACCCCAUACCCUUUUCCUUCUUGAUUUAAUGCAAACUGUUCCCAGCCGGCAUUCAGUGGACUUGCUUGGGACAGAACACCAAGCAUCCCGAGUUCUUUUAGGUCAGGCCAAUCUAGGAUCGGCAAAAGUGCAGUGUGUGCUAAGACGCUUCGGUCGUGUAGGAGUCUUCCUAACCCUAUGAACUGUAGCCGGCCAGCCUCCUCUGUCCAUGGGAUUCACCAGGCAGGAAUACUGGAGUGGGUUGGCAUCGCCUCCUCCAGGGGAUCUUCCCAACGCUUGGAUCCAACCGGGUCUCGUAUAUGUCUUAUAUUGGCAGGCGGGAAGCGGGUAAUUGAUAGCAUGCACUCAUUUGGCUCGUGAUCCUGAUUCUCACUUAGGGCUUCAUCCGAGAACCCACGUCUACGCGGCGCUGCCCCUUAACUACUCCAUGCCAGGCUGCACCUAGGAGGGGGGUGUUCCGAAGAGACACCCGGCAAAUAAAGCCCCAAAUACCUGCGACGUGGUUACACAACCUGGAAAUGACAAAGGGCAAAGCCAAAGAACCUAAAAGGAGUGCGAUGCGGGUUUGGUUUUACCGAGCAGAAGGGCCUCUUCUAAGCAAGCCAGGACUGGCUCACCUGUGUGUUGUUACCGGGCAGGUAACUGGGAGAUUCUUUCCCCAAGAGACGCUGGGGGCGCUGCUGGAGCGCGCUGAAGCUCCCCGGGGGGGUGGCGUGGGACGUGAUGCAUUCGGUCGUAGGAACUGUCAGGGCUUGGGUUUCUAUUUGUGAAAACUUUCUGUAUUGGUUGGUUGCUUCUCCCCAGCCUCCCCCGCGAUGCGCUGUGCUCCCCGCGGCACAGCUGUGAUGGGACUCUAAACCCUGGCUGCCAGCGGACAAGGACGAUUAGGUUGGACGGAUGCUGACCGUGGCGUCCUCCGGGUGGGGUUCCGCGGGGUGCAGCCCGCUGAGGUCAGAGAGACGUGGCUCGCGCUCCGGAUAAGCUCUCCAGCCCUCCAGCGGGCCAUGUGGUGAGUUCAAGGUCCAGUCCAACAGCACAAGGGAAUUCACACUAGCCCUGAGCCCUGAAGAUGGUGUCACAGUCUUCGGGCCGGCAGGACUCACCUGUGGACCCCUGGGAAGGGGUCAGCGAUGACCCAGGCGACACUGACAGCUUGCCCAGCCUCCUGGACACUGAGCACCCCUCCUGCCCAUCAGACAUCAGGUUCACAAGGCACAGAGCUGCCUGGAUUAACCCCCCAUGUGCGCAGCAACAGCUGCAGGAUGCGUCGCCCCAGGUGCUCCCAGUGGUGAACAGAGAGAGCCACACUGCGUCCAAAUCUCCCUUGGGAGCUUCACCCUUGUCUCUUGGGGACUCCGUGGUGGAGACAUCACUGUCGAAGGGCACCGUGGACUCCGUGGGCAGCUCCUCUGCCCGGGGCGCAGCUGGCAAUGGCAGUGACUCCGCUGUUACCUCGAAGGAAGAGCGGGCAGUGCUCCCAAGACGCUGUCCUCACACGUCUCUCAUCACCAGCUCCAAGUCUGUAUCCGGUCCCCCAUGUCCUGAGGAUGGCAGGGCUUUUUUCAAGCCUUCCCAGCUGACAGCUUCUGCUGAUGCAGAUGCUGUUCAGGUUGGCGGAAGAACUGUUUCCUCAAAUUCCUUCUCACCAGAGGCUUUCAUUCUCCCUGUCGAUGUAGAAAAGGAAAAUGCCCACUUUUAUGUUGCAGAUAUGAUUAUAUCAGUCAUGGAGAAAGUGAAGUAUAAUAUUCUAAGUCAGCAGCACACAGAGACCUGGAGUACCGAGGAGGCCGGCAGGUCACUCGGCAAUGAUCAGGCGGACUUGGAAGGGACCUUUUAUACCCACGUAAAGCAGGAAUCUGGGUCUUCCGCUUCGUCUGACAGUGGCUAUGAAGGUUGCGCUGUGUUACAGGUCAGCCCAGUGGUUGAAACACCUGCUUUCUCUGAGGUGACGGAAGAAGACUGCAAAUGUGACUUCGAUGACUUUGUUAUCGUAGAACUUGGAGAUUUCAGCAAUACCACAGUGCCCUGUGGAUGUUCCUCCGACACCUCUAAGAGUGUCAUUCAUGAGCCAAACUUCAAUUCUGCUGAGCUAACAGCCAAAGAGUUAUACCGCGUAUUCAAGAAAUGCUGGAUGCUGGCAGAAGUUCAUUAUCAGCUGGCAGGCUCUCUCGAUGCAGCUGGCUCCAUAGUCGUAAAUGAAGAGCAGGUCCAGAAAGACUUUGAAUCCAGCACAGAUGUCGUCCAGGAAAUUAAACUGAAGUCGAGGAUCAGAGGGAUUGGAGACUGGGCGCCCCCUAGGUUUCAAAUCAUAUUUAAUGUUCAUCCACCACUCAAGAGGGAUCUCGUAGUAAUAGCCCAAAAUUUUUUCUGUGCUGGCUGUGGAACUCCAAUAGAACCUAAGUUCGUGAAGCGGCUCCGGUAUUGCGAAUACCUGGGGAAGUACUUCUGCGACUGCUGCCACUCAUACUCGGAGUCCUGCAUUCCCGCCCGGAUCCUCAGGAUGUGGGACUUCCGGAAGUACUACGUCAGCAACUUCUCCAAACGCCUGCUGGACCACAUAUGGCAUGAGCCGAUCUUCAACCUGGUGCACGUCAGCCACGGCCUGUACACCAAGGCCAAGGAACUGGACAGAGUGAGGGAAAUCCAGGAGCAGCUAUUUCAUAUCAAGAAGCUGUUGAAGACCUGCAGGUUUGCUGAAAGCACAUUAAAGGAGUUUGAGCAGCUGCCGGGACACUUGACGGAGGCGCUCCACUUGUUCUCCCUGGAGGACAUGGUCAAGGUCAAGAAAGGGCUGCUGGCGCCCUCGCUCAAGGAGAUUCUGAAAGCUUCCCUUGAGCACGUGGCCAGCUGUGAGCUGUGUCAAGGAAAGGGCUUCAUUUGUGAAUUUUGCCGGAGUACAGCUGUCAUUUUCCCAUUUCAGACUGCAACUUGUAGAAGAUGUUCAGCGUGCAGAGCUUGCUUUCACAAGCAGUGCUUCCAGUCCUCCAAGUGCCCCCGGUGUGCGAGGAUCACAGCGAGGAGAAGACUUCUGGAAGGUCUACCCUCUGCAGCGACAUGAUGUGCUUGACUAUAGCGAGAAAGACCUUGAAACAUGCCUUACGAUCACAUUGCUCAUGUCUCCUGUUGAUAACAUUGUUUUGACUAUUGUCUAUUAAGAAAAAAGAUGACCAAUAUUCUCUUUAUUAUAUAUAUUUAAUAUUUUUGGAGACUGCGGAUUCUUUGUUAUUAAAAGUAGAGUUAUUACUGGUGCCAAAGAAUGCUCAAACAACCGCACAGUUGCACUCAUCUCACACGCUAGUAAAGUGAUGCUCAAAAUUCUCCAAGCCAGGCUUCAGCAAUACAUGAACCAUGAA